AUGUUACAUCACACUGCAGACGAGUCCGAAAGCAGAAACUGUUGCUCUCACAAUAACAAUGCGGCUUCUGAAUUGUGCAUAAAAAUUAUCUUAUUGAAGACAAGUUUAAUACUCUACAUAGAGAUUAAACGAGACCACACAUUAUUGCUAUAUAUUUGUAGCUUUGAGGUCUUUGGAUGAGCAAGCAAUGGCAAUGAAAAUGGUGGAGCAAUAUCCCCUGUAUCUAUAUUUCAUCUCAUUGCUUUCUGCAACAAUCUUUUUCUACAAAUGGUUAACACUUAAGAAAAUAGCCUUAAGAAAUCUGCCACCUUCUCCACCGAGAUUUCCUGUAAUUGGAAACCUUCAUCAAGUUGGUCCAGACCCGUACAUUUCACUUCGAGCCUUGGCUGAAAAGUAUGGUCCAUUGAUGCUACUUAAGUUCGGAAGUGUGCCCGUUGUGGUUGUUUCCUCAGCUGAGGCAGCUCGGGAGAUAUUAAAAACCCAUGAUCUGGUUUUUGCAGACAGGCCCUUUUUAAGUGUCGCCAACAGAAUCUUCUAUAAGGGAAGGGACGUCGCGUUUGCUCGUUAUAGUGAAUAUUGGAGACAAGUGAAGAGUAUGUGUGUUACUCAACUCCUGAGCAGCAGAAGGGUUCAAUCGUUUCACAAUGUCAGGGAAGAAGAAGUUGCUCUUCUUAUCCAAAAUAUUGAACAUCCUCCUUCGAAAAUAGUCAAUUUGAGUGAUCUGCUAGCCGAACUAGCACAAAAUGUAGUCUGCAGGGUUGCACUAGGAAGGAAAUAUGGAAGGGGUAUUAAUGGGAAUUCAUCAUACAAGAUACUGCUCGGGGAAAUAAUGGAGUUGAUAGGCUAUUCCCGCAGCAUGAGGGAUUUUUUCCCGUUGCUCGGUUGGGUUGAUAGGCUCACUGGAUUGAAUGCAAGGGCAGAGAAAGCAGCCAAAGAGGUGGAUACUUUUCUGGAAGGUGUUCUUAGAGAUCAUCCAAGUACUGUUGCAUCAAAUAAUGGCCACGCAAACAAAGACUUUGUAUCCAUUUUGCUUGAGAUUCAGAAUACAGAUGCAGGCUCUUCUAUGGAUAAAGAUUGUAUUAAAGCUGUUAUCUGGGAUAUGUUCGUGGCUGGAACUGAUACAACAUCUUCAACCUUGGAAUGGGCAAUAGCAGCCCUGAUAAAGAAUCCGCACGUCAUGGUCAAAUUGCAGAAUGAGGUACGAGAAAUAGGCAAAGGCAAAUCAAAGAUAUCAGAGGAUGAUAUAGUUAAAAUGAACUACCUGAAAGCAGUAAUGAAAGAGAGUAUGCGGUUGUACAUUACAGCUCCGUUAAUAGUUCCUAGAGAAGCCAGGCAGGACGUCAAAGUAAUGGGGUAUGACAUAAGAAAAGGGACACAACUGGUGAUAAAUGCAUGGGCAAUUGCGAGAGACCCUUCACUGUGGGACAGCCCAGAGGAGUUCCGGCCUGAGAGGUUCUUGAAUAGUCCUAUAGAUUACAAAGGCCUUCACUACGAGUAUCUUCCCUUUGGAGCUGGUCGCAGGGGUUGCCCGGGCUACCACUUUGCCAUGGCUGUUAAUGAGCUUGCGUUAGCCAAUGUUGUGAACAAGUUUGAUUUUGAGUUGCCUAAUGGAGAAAGAAAGGAGGAUUUGGACAUGGCUGGUGUCAACGGCCUCACGCUUCGUCGAAGAUCUCCGCUCUUGGUGAUUGCCACACCGCGUGUGGAGUUCGGUUUGAUAUGCAGUAACUUCUAGAUUUUAAUGAUAAGAAACUAGUUAAGAACGACGGACUAUAAAAAUUAUAUUAAUGAUUCAAAAUUAGUAUUUGUAAAAUAAAAUAAAUUUGUGACAGUGUAUAAAAGUUAUAUUAAUGAUUCAAAUAUUUGUAGGAUAAAAUAAAUUUUAUAUUAUAAACAUCUUGAUGCAAUACAAAUGUUAAUAAUAUAAAAUUGUAAAAAAGACUAUAAUUCAUGAGUGAAAAGCUGAGAAUAAAUUUCUACAUGUAAUUAAAGAUUUAAAGUACGACGAAUUUUAAUUUUAGUUGUAUUUUUUUAAAAGUAA